GUGGUGUUUCCCGACUUCGCCAGCGAAGCGGCCGACGACUUUGAGGCCACCGCCUCCACCCAGGCCUCCACCAUCUUCGCCGAGGAUCCCGUUCUGAGCACCCUGGGCGCCGACGACGUGGGCACGGUCGAGGUCGCAACGGACGUCUCCGCCGAGGACGCCUUCAGCGACCAGCCCAUCGAGUCGGGAGACAGGUCGACGACGACGGCGACGAGCCUCCUCACGCUUUCCGUCGCGGCGCUCGUCGCCCUCUUCGGUUUCGUCGGCUGA